AUGAUCAUCACCUGGUUCAUACGUGGUCCCUCCGAGCAGAGGUUUGAGAGAAGAGGAGGAAGUGGUUCAGGGAUCACCACAACUCGUCCUGAUUCUGUAUCCUACGGCACAGGACCACCUGCAAGUACAGAGACGAAAUGGAGAGGAUUAGGAGAUGAGCCGAAGAUUGCGGGCUCAACAGGUGGAUUCAUUGGACUGAUAUCUGGCAUUGCCAUCUUCUUGAUCAUAUCGACAUUCAUCGGUAUCUACCUUUGGAACCGAUACCGUAAACGACUACCAUCCAAAACCAAGCGAAAAAGCGGAUUUCAUAAUCCCUUACCAUCGUUAUCAUUCACCUCUCACGGCUCUGAUCUGAAUCGAGAUCCAUAUGCUGAACAAGUCGAUAUGGAAUUAAAUCAAGAUCAAGAUCUGGAUGUGGGUGAUACACCAAAAGCUUCAAAAUUCGGAUUUACCAGACCGGUGUAUACCAGACAGAGAUCAUCAGAAUGGGAAUUACCCGUUGAGACUCCCCCUCGUCACCAAUCAGUGAACUUGCCAAAUCAUCCUUCCGAAGCUGCUUUACCAUUAAGGACCAAAUCGCCCAAACCUCGUUCACGAUCCAAUAGUGUAUCGUCAAAUGCAUCGAUCUCUCCUUUCACUUCGACAAUGAAAGGGAAAGGGAAGGGGACGGAGAGGAUAGUGAACCCAUUCGAAAAUCCUUAUAACAAUUACGACGAAUCGAGACUUAGUCCGAACCCCUAUUCCGCCCGACGCCAAGGUUCAACGACAUCUAGUCUAGGUUCUGCUGAUGGAUCUGGUAUAAUGGAUGCUCAGAGAGAAGAUACACCAUCGGGAGAAAGCGAUACGAGUGUGAGAGUAUCUCAGAUAAGAGAAGGCUCGAGAUUUGUGGAGAAGUUUGAAAGUAAAGAAUCUUUGGCUCUGUAG